AUGCCGUUUCUCAAAGCGUCGAACUAUAAAAUCGGUCGGUCGCGAGUUUUGGAAAAUACGACAAAAAGAAACGGCCUGCGACACACGUAUUUCAAUCUUGCGGGCGACAAAUACAUCGGAGAAUGGAAAGACGACAAGAAAGACGGCAAAGGCCUGAUUAUAACCAGAAACAAUGAACUGUACGAGGGCGAAAUGAAAAACAAUUUCCGACACGGAUUUGGAAUUUUGGCUCACCUAAUACCGGACACGAAGGGAGUGUACGUGCUUCACUAUAGGGGUGAAUGGAGAAACGGUAGAAUGCACGGAGAAGGUUUGAAAAUUUUUCCGGACGGAAGUUUUUACAUGGGAGCGUUCCGUUGCGGAAAGAGACACGGUAGAGGUCAAAUGUUCUACGCAAUCGGGGCCUUUUUCGAUGGUGAAUUUAAAAACGAUGUACGCGAAGGCACGGGAAUCAUGGUGGAACCCAAUGGUAACCGUUUUGAAGGUUCAUGGAAAAAUAACUUCAAGCACGGCGAAGGUCUCUACUACCACCUGGACAGCGGCCAGGUUCAGGAAGGCGUUUGGCAAAAAGACAUGUGCGUUUACAGUACAAUGAGAGAUAUUAUUUAUAGGCAGUGCGCACUGAGACCGACUACUUAUCCCAUACCGGAUGCUGAUUUGAAAAUCAGCGAGCAGAAGUUACAAGCGCUGAGAGAGAGGGCGCUGGCAGGUAUCCGGGAUUCUUGUAACAACAUAGUUCAGGCGAUCCGGGUACCGGAUAUGGCCACUUUACGUAGUAGUAGAAUGGGUACCGGUACUGCGACCAGUAAAAAUGUGUCGACGUCGCGGUCGUCGCCUGUUAUACCCGAUAUACGCAGCAGCAAAUCAGUGAGAAUAAUAUAUAAUCAAAAAUAA